AUGCAGGACCUCCAUGCGAGCGUGGAUGGCUCGGAACUGAAGCUAUGUUCCGAGGAGUCGGCGUCCGUCGCGUUCCUUCGUCGUCCCGAUGGCAUCCCGUCGUCGGACUUCAAAGAGUACGCGCGGAUCAGAAUAAACGCACUGCCGACUCGCAAACGUGUCAACCGCGGGAAAGCCGGUCCGGCCAGGUGCCGGGCUUGCGGCCUCGUGGACGAGACGCUUGCCCAUAUCUCACAGACUUGUCAACGCACGCAUGAAUCCCGCAUUUUGAGACAUGACUGCCUGGUCAAACGAAUCACAGGCGGUCUACGCGAAAAACGGUACGAGGUGGAAACGGAGCAUCUCUACAAGUUACAUGGCGGUAAUAUGAAGCCGGACAUCGUCGCAACGAUAAGCGACGAGACAAGAGGCCGUAUAUCCGUUAUAUGUGAUGUACAAGUCGUUUCAGGCUCCGCUCCGGUUACUUGGCAUUCUAAAAAACUCAAAAAUAUAACGAUCGAGCGGAUCUAA